AUGAAAAGCGUAGCAACAUCAAUGAAAAGAAAGUCUGACAAGUAUUGGGGGAAGGUUGAGGACAUUAACAAAUUGUUGCUUAUUGCAAUUGUUCUUGAUCCACGAUACAAAAUGGAGUAUCUCUUAUUUAGCCUUUCCGAUAUAGAAUCCAAUCCCUCCAAGGUUAAUGAGUUACUCAAAGGAGUCAAGGAAUUUAUAAUCCACAUGUAUGAUGUGUAUAAAGUAGCUGACAAAGACUGCCCAAAGUUAUAA